UGAGCUGUUCUUUGUUGAUAGUCGAAAUCAACGAAAUCAAACAGGUUGUAUCAAAAGGAGAAAUAGUGCAAAGUAAAAUAUGGGUUUGGAUUUGAAUAAGAAAACCUUUUUCCUAGUAACCGGUGCCUCCCGUGGAAUUGGCAAAUGCAUGGCCAUCCAAGUGUCGGCGAAGUUGAAAUCCGGCUCGGUUGUUGUUUUGGUGGCACGCAACAAGGACGCUUUGGAAGAGACCCAAAAAGAAAUCCUCUCCAAACGUACUGACGUCACAGUGCAAACAUUUUCCAUUGACCUUUCGAAUGCAACAGCUGGUAGCUUUCAACAAUUGCUAAGUGAUUCAUUGACACGCAGUGAAAAUGGGCCCGCUAACUUUGAGAGGGCAUUUAUUAUACACAAUGCCGGUACUGUGGGUGAUGUGAGCAAAAAAGCCAAGGACAUUUCUGAUACUGAAGUGUGGAGCCAAUAUUAUCACACCAAUGUUUUCUCGACGAUUUCCCUAAAUGUAGAGUUCUUUAGAGUGUUUGCCAAAAUCCCAAAAUUGGUGGUGAACUUAAGUUCCAAAUGUGCCAUUGAACCUUUUGCCUCGAUGAGUUUCUAUUGUUCCGGCAAGGCAGCAAGAGAAAUGUAUUUUAAUGUCUUGGCUGUGGAGGAAAAGGAUACGGACACGGUGGUUUUGAAUUAUGCUCCUGGUGCCAUCGAUACGGAUAUGACGGUUUAUGUACAAAAGGAAACUGUAAACAAGGAUUUACAUGAAGCUUUCAAGAGUCAACGUGAUAGCAAGACAAUGCUCAAGGUCGCCCAAACAACGGCGAAGUUUAUAAAAAUUUUGGAAGAGGUUUCAUUUAAAACUGGUGCUCAUAUUGAUUAUUGGGAUUAACUGCAAUUAUUGAAGUAAAAUCGAAAGGAGUUAUUGGAGCAAUCGUCAUCCCUUUCCGGUUUGGUGUCUCAUUAGAUUUUGGUUAUUUUAUGGUGCUUUGUAUUUAAGAUAUAUAAUUUUUUUCUCAUACUUUAAACCGCAUUCCUUCGCUCAACGUUGUGCUCAAAUUUUAAUUUG